AACAAACACACAUUGAAUACCGUGUAGGCACAAUUUGACUUCUCAAGAAGAUCAGUCGAAUUCAACUGGGAAUAAAGACCAUGUCAGACAACGAGACUCUCAGCUACCAAGACGCUGAAAGUGGUGGCGCCACUGCGGGGGAUGGUGGAUCCGGUGGAGCAAGUGGAGGCAGAAACGGACUGGGCAGCAACGGCACACUAGCCAAUGGAGCUGGUGGAGUGGGUGGAGUAGGUGGAGCAAAGAACGGACUAAGCAGCAACCGCACAUCUGAUGCUGACGAGUCCGACCCAGAGACCAUCACUGUGAUUGAGGUCAGCCCUUCCGGCAAGCCCAUUGGUCGGAUCACCUACGGCUCAUCAGCGCAAGGGGACACAAUCAUCGUCCGCGAGCAGCAGAUCGAGGAGGUCAGCAGCGCCGAGCCCGCCACGCCGGAAAUGGGGUCACCAGACGGCUACAACAGGGACACGCUGGCCCUGCUGACCACUGAACGCGGCCUGCAGGCGUCCGCUUUCUCUGAGGAGAGGGCCAGACGGAGGCGGCGAUGCGUGGAAGAUCAAGGAUCGAUACUGGCCAAAGUUCUGGACGUCCUCCAGAGCUCCAGGUGUCUAGCAUUGGUGACCUUGACCGCUCUCGUUCUACUGACCUACAUUAUCAUUGCAUACAAAAUUAUUCUACCCAGAAUGCAAGCUAACGUCAAGGAGAAAACAAUUUUGCGAGCAAACGGAAGUAAGGAAUGGCUCCACCCAUCAGGGCAGGCCUUCAUGAACGUGUACGCCUUCAACGUGACCAACCCCGAGGAGUUUGAGCAUGGUGCCAGACCAGUGGUGAAGGAGAUUGGUCCAUACGUUUACAGACUUAAGAUCAGCAGGGUCAACACGACCUGGCACAGUAACGGCUCCGUGUCCUUCACCUUGGUGUACAGCACAGAUAUCGACCUUGACCUCUCUGUGGGACCUGAAACUGACCUGGUCACUUCUGCCAACACCCAGCUGUUCUUUAUUGCCGACAUUCUAAACGUGUCCAUCAAGGCCAUACAAAAUCUGACGUCACUACCGGCCAGCAAGCUGGUCUAUAGGUCAACUGUGAAGAGUUUGUUUCGGGGGUUCGACUCCAACGAGGUCCUGGACAAGCUAGAGAGCGUCAUCAGAAAGUUGGAUGUUGAUCACGUGUUUGAUGGCUCUUAUAAUACAACAAUUGAGAUCAACACGACCUCACGAUUCGACUGGACCGUGUACACUGGAGAGUUGGACUUCAACAAAUUCAACCACAUCUACUCGGUCGACUGGAUGACAAAGUUGCCGUUUUGGAGCACAGAUGAAGCCAACACUUUCCGUGGGACGGACGGAUACCUGUUCAAACCUUUCUUGAGUGAAGACUCGCGUCUAUCCUUCUACUUCCCACAGCUCUUCAGAAGCUUCGAGCUGCAGUACCAGGAGAAGAGCUCCCACAAGUCCGUGGACACCCUCCGUUUUAUCGUCCCCGACUCAGAGUUCUCCAACAGCUCCACCCUACAGGCCAGCCCCACCCUGCUGUCGUGGGACCCCAGGGUGUGGGCGGAGGAUCUGAAGCUCGACCCUAACGACUACCGCGUGUUGAGGGUGCCUCAGGUCACGGUGACCCCAGCCACAGAGCUAGUUGGUAACGGGUACUGCACGCCCGAUUGUGUCCCUUCUGGGGCGUACAGCCUCGUCAGGUGUCUUGAAGCCCCGGUGUACAUCUCCCUGCCCCACUUCCUGGGUGCUGACCCCUACUACAGGUCACGCGUGCACGGCCUUGACCCUGUCGAGUCGAAACACAGACCGGUCUUUGAUCUCCAUGCGUACAGCGGUAUCGUGACGUCACAGUCCAGAAGGUUCCAGUACAACCUGCGUAUGCCAGAGAACGUGGUCGAUGACACCACCCUACCCCUGUACUGGAUAGACACGAGAAUCGACGUGGCUGAUCACGUGAUGUCAGCAGCUGAGCUGGAGCGACAGAAAAACGAGGCUGUUUACGUCAUCAACUACAUCGUCAUGGGUAUCGUCAUCUUCUGCGUGCUCUUCAUCGUCAUAUCAACCAUAGAGAGGGCUUAUGUUCCUCACAACGAAGACAACAGUUCUGAACACACACCUUUCUGUAGACCCAGAUGUCCGUCUUGAUUUGAUUGGAUGCUAGACAUGACUGCUGAUUGGCUGAUGUUCCUCUUGAUUUGAUUGGAUGCUAGACAUGACUGCUGAUUGGCUGA